AUGUUUUAAAACCAGAGGGAGUGUUCUUCAGUCUUUGGGACAGACUGGUGCAACUACCAAGACACAGAACUCCAGGGGCACCACAUAGAGCACACAUCUUCCCAAACUCUCUGACUGGAAACGUAAAGAACCAGGAUGAGUUUCAGGGUGAGCUUGUUGAACCUGACCAUGAUUGUGGUCAUAGUCUGUGGUCAAAGGAGACGCCCUGCAAAAGAGGAGUGGAACUACCGUGAUGGCUCUGAGAAAGUAAGCAUGCGAGGAGUUGCAAAUCUGACUCAAGUGCUUGAUGACUGGAGGUUUGACAUCCUGAGCCAGGUCAAAGGACUCCUGCAGAACGACCACCAGUCCCUGCUGCCCGACUACUCUAGGAUUCAACCUCUCACCGAAGCGCUUGAUGAUUUGUACAAAGAGUUUAAUGCCCUGAAAGCUCAUCUUGGUGAUCUGACAGAGAAGUUUGGACCAUUGGAGACCUUUGUGGAUGAACUAAAGACGGAAAGAGCCAGUGCAAGUGCAGCACCUGCUACCCCGGUGCGCAGACGCCUUGUUAAGAAGACCCCUGCUUCCACCUAAAAGCCUUACACUUUAGUAGAGCUGGAUCUCUCUUAAAAGCAAACGACUUUGAUAUUGAUUCGUUUAGCAGCCUUUUCUUGAGCUUUUUACUCUUUGGGCAUCUUGUUGCUGUUUAUACGUUGCUGGGAAACAAGGUAAUAAACAAUAUGCUGAACAUUAAGAAUCUCCCUCUACAGUAUAUGUGGUUUGGAUUGUAUCCGAAAGCAGCAAUUUAAAAUGUGACGGCCUGCUCUAAUUAACAUUGCUAAAAAAAUAACGAACACAGCUGUGACCGCAGGACUUUAUUUUUAGAGCCCCUUCCAUUACUCCUAAUAAAAAGGAAACAAACAGCCAUUUGUUAUUCAGCAUAAGAGUAUCACAUUUGGCUGGAAAUGAGUCUGAAUGAGUGUAUUCAAAUAUGCAUGACUGUCAGUGGAGUGAUAUGUGGUGUUUGCAGCUCUUGGGAUGAUCAACGACUCGUGCAGGUAUAAACGGAUUAUGUACAAGCUAAGAACAUUUCAGGAACACAAUAGAUUGAGAUUUUCAUUGUGUAUUUGUGCAUAUAAUCUGAUGAGCAUGGUAAUUAGAUGCUUAAUAUCUCUUGGCUCAUAUUUGCCAUCUCAUGCAAGCUAUAAUAAAUUCAGUCUGUUGCAUUCACUCCUAAGUUUCGGUGUGUUAGCUAACUUUUAGCAUAAUUAGCUUUGUGUGUAACAGUCAGUAUGGUGUUUUGUGCAAUAAUCAACCAUUAUAAGAUUGUUUGUCUCAUCUCCUUUUCUCUGCUUCUUAAACUCAUCGAAGAAGCCUCCAUCCAUCCAUCCAUCCAUCCAUCUUUCUGUCUGUCUUUCAUAAUAUUAAUAAAUAAGAGGACCAAACAGCAUUAGAAAAGAUGUCCAUUAUUUAUGACAGUGUUUAUGUCAUUAUUUAUGGCCAGUUAUAUAAGGUAAUAUAAUGUCUUCUGUAGCCCUUUAUUACUAUAAUUCAAAAAUGUUCCCCCCUCAUUAAAAUGCAUAUAAAAAU